AGUUUACUUUACUGUGUGUGUGUGUGUGAAUGUCAAAGUGUGUGUGUGUGUGUGUGUGUGUGUGUGUGUGUGUGUGUGCAACUAAGACUGACCUCUACUAUAAAUUGAGGACUAUGUCUCUGAAACUGCGUCGCAACUGGGAUUUCAGCACCUUCAGAGCUGACCCAGCACGAAUAGCCCGGUCCAAGAGCGUACUACCUGCUGAGGGAAACCCAGGUCCUGGCUCACGCCGGGUCUCUAAAUCCAUGGAGAGACCUCUGAAGGCCGGCUGGCUCAAGAAACAACAAAGGUCUUUAGUGAAGAACUGGCAGCAGCGCUACUUUGUGCUGAGAGGCAGCACUCUGACUUACCACAAAGAUGACCGAGAGACCACCGUCCUGGGCUUCAUCCAGCUGCAGUUCAGUAAGAUCAACGAACUGCCCGCAAACUCUGACGACAACGGGAAAUACGUCUUUGAAAUCGUACCAGGUACAAAUGGAGAAAAAGAGCGAUGCCAUUAUGUGUUCAUGGCCAACUCCCAGACCGACAUGCUGGAGUGGGUCCGCACGCUGCGCAAAGUCGUGGGCGUCCCGAGUGGAGGAGUGUUCGGUAAAAGCCUCACGGACACCGUGACGUACGAGAAGCGUUUUGGUUGCCACAUGGUGCCGAUCCUGGUCCAGAAGUGUGUGGAAUACAUUAGAGAACAUGGUCUGAACGAGGAAGGCAUCUUCCGCCUGCCUGGACAAGACAACUCUGUCAAACAGUUCAGAGACGCCUUCGAUGCAGGAGAGAGGCCGUCUUUCCCCAGUGAGACAGAUGUCCACACUGUAGCGUCCCUGCUGAAACUGUACUUGCGGGAGCUGCCAGAGCCUGCGAUACCAUGGACUCAGUACCAGGAUUUCCUGGACUGCACCGACCUGCUGGACUCCAACAAAACUGAAGGUCAAGAGAAGUUGGAGGAACAGAUCUCCCUCCUCCCCAGGGUCAACUACAAUCUUCUAAGUUACGUCUGCCGGUUCUUGUUCGAGGUGCAGCUGAAUUCCAAAGUCAACAAGAUGAGUGUGGAAAACUUGGCCACCGUGAUGGGAAUCAACCUGCUCAAACCUCAAAUCCAAGACCCCUUCUCAGUGAUGGAGGCAACUCCUCACAUCCACAAGUUGAUGACGGUGAUGAUCAGGCAACAUGAGACUCUGUUCCCGCUCAGCAAAGAUGUUCUUCCUCCCUCACCUGACAACAAGGCCGAGAGCCAGAAGAACCCUCCACGCAGCUUCGUGGGCUGGGAGUCCACGGAGAUGGACGACUGCUCUGUGUCCGAGUGUGACGACAGUUCAGGUCCCAGGAGCGCUCCAGAUGUCCUACAAGACUCUCUUCCUCCAUCGCCUUCUGACAGCUGGCGAGGAAGUACUCGGAAGCGCACACAAACCCUGUCCACUUUUAACUGCCCCCUCACGGGGAUGGCGGCAAAGGCCGGCGCCAUCAACCGCUGGAGUCGCGUCCAGGAGAUGGUGGAUGAGAAGAGCGGGACAUUGUCAGAGGACAUCUUUAAAAUCUUGGACCUUCGAAGUUCAGAAUCUUUUUUUAGAGGCUCACCGACCAAUACCAAAGCGGGAGAAGUCGAGUUCAAGGAGAGGAAAGGUUCCGAUCCUGCUAAUUCCCAAAAAAGGAACAGUGACUCUCAACCUGACGCCAUGAUUGAAAGUGGUACUGAUGAGAGGAAAGACGCCCAGCAGUUUGACAGUCUCCGGCAGGAGAUGAAGAAGCUGAGAAAGACAGUGGCUGAGCUCCAAUCCACUCUUGAGGAAGAGCGCCGCCGUGUGGCCUCUUUGGAAACAUGUCUGCGAAGCACGGAGAGCAGCCGAGACCAAGCUCAGAGACGGAAUGAAGCGCUGCAAAGGGAAAUUCAGCGACUAAUGUCAGGAGAACAGCAAGCCCCCAUUUUAAAGGCCUACUGAAAUGAGAUUGUCUUAUUUUAACGGGGAUAGCAGGUCCAUUCUAUUCGUCAUACUUGAUCAUUUCACGAUAUUGCCAUAUUUUUGCUGAAAGGAUUUAGUAGAGAACAUCCACGAUAAAGUUCGCAACUUUUGGUCGCUAAUAAAAAAGCCUUGCCUGUA